AUGACACGCUGGGAACGGUCCAAAAUCGUGCAGCUUAUCCACUCGUCUAUCCUGACAGUCGUGUUCACGCUCCUCCUCCUUGCAACCAUCUCAACCCCCAUUACUGGAUGGUCAUACCUCACCGUCGAAGGGAACGGGAACACGGUUACCCUCGGAACAUUUGGGUGGUGCCGGACUGGUGGAGAGGCUGGGGACUAUUGCAGCCGCCGCACAGUCGGGUAUGACGUGCAACUGGCAGUUCUUCUCACAUUCCCCGAGAAAAACGGAAUGACUGUUCGCGGAUGGUACAACUUGGCGAGCAACGGGCUGCUGGCCGUGGCGAUCACUUGUGCCCUUGCCGGACUGGGAGCACUCACCUCCAUCACAGGCAAGACGGCCUUUUCGCUCAUCUGGUCCAGCCUCCUGGGCAUCUUGACGAGCAUGCUCGCAGCCGGCUGUCUCGGCCUCAACGUACUCCUCUUUGGAGCGCUGAAGCGUGACCUCCUCGCUGGUGGCGCGACAUCCGCCUCGUACGGCAAAGCGACCUACUUUGUCUUCGCCGCAGCCGCACUUAGCCUCACCCUCCCCAUUAUGGUUGCCAUCGACUGCUGCUCCGGGAUGAUCAAGCGCUGGAGGCACAAGGGCUCCUACUCCAAGCUCGAUCAGCCGCGCAACACCGCACGCGAAAGCACGUACCGAUCCAGCGAUUACGAGCUCCCCGUCUUUGAUGAUCAGCAGACCACUGUUAGCGAGUUGGGGCCGCGUAAGGAACCAUCCGGGGUUAGGACCGCAGUGACCGGCGUAGUCUAG